GUUGUAACGAACCCGGGUUUAUAAGCGCGGAAAUCGACUCGGUCGCACGAGCAUGCUUUUGCGGUACAGUCGAUAGCGCGCCGGACCUCGGGCUCGAAGGUCGAGGGUUCGAAACCUGCUCCCUGCUGUUUCAUUACAGUAUAUUUUCAUCAACGAACACACUAUUUAAAAACCGGUACUGCACCAAACUCGUGCGCUCUACAUGCAGGCGCAGUUCUACUGCCGUGUUGUUUAAGUGCUAGUCAGAACUAGGAAACGCGAAAGAUUCCGAUUUGCAAAUUUAUACACGUGCCGUGUUCUACGAAUCAGCAAGUCAGACCUUUCCGAGUUUCCUAGUUCCGAGUAGUAUUGAACGCUGCAUAUAUCCACACACGAGCGUCAUCGUCACAUCACCUCAUCAGCAGCAGCACGGAGCGGGCUCGCGGCAGAGUUAAAAAGAGCAGGUGAGGCUGCAGGUAUAGCAGACAGAGCCAUGCUAAAAGGGGGUUCGGCCAAGGUGGGGCUACCCAAGCCAGGGCUUCAAGAGAGGGCCAAGCAAGUCUCCCUCACCCUCUCUACCACCACUUCCACCACAGCUACAGGCAUCAAGACAUCCAGGUCCUCCAACACCCUGGCCACAGACCUGCGCCUCAGCAGGCUGAAGAGAGCCAGUAGUGAUGACACCCUGGCCAAGCCUGCCCUGGGGGCAGUAGCCACAGGCUCCCGAAUGAAGAAGACUGUCACUACAGGGGCCAUCUCUGACCUGGCCGACGCGAGACCUCGCAGCCUCUCAGGUGUUCAAUCAGGAUCUAAGAAGUCUGGAAUCCCUGCCCCCAGGGAGAUCCCCCCCACCAUGACCAGAGACCGCGUGUCGCUGAGGGACCAGUUGAGGACCUCCACGAACAAGAAGAUGGUCCCCAGCGCCAGCACCUCCAGCCUGGCCACCCUAGCACCCAAGCACCAGCGCGGCUCCACCACCACAAAGCCCAGGAUAGAUGCUGAGGGCUCGGAGAGAGGCUUCCUGGAGUGCCAGAUUAAGGAGCUGCUGGCUGAAGCCAAGGCGAAGGAGUUUGAGAUCAGCAAGCUGAGGAUGGAGCUGCAGCGCUGCCGGGGGAAAGCCUCAUCUUCCUCGCCUCACAACACCCCCUCCACUCUACCUGAGGGUGCCCCCGAGCAGGGCCAAGGCCCAUCCCAGCAGGCUACAGACGCCCAGGCCCUGGUUGGAGAGCUGAGGGAGAAGAACGGGAAGUUCCAGAGGGAGCUGGCGGCUCUGAGGGAGGAGAACCAGGUCCUGAAGGAGAAGCUUUUCUCCCUGGAGUCCUCGCCUGCCUCUCCUCUGUCCAACAACACUACCACCACCACCAGCCCCUCCAAGCCCUCCAUCAAUGGCCUCUCUUUAGACAACAACACCACUCCCCCAGCCAAGUCAGCCAUACCCAGCCCACUCAAAACCUCAGUCUCCUCCAGCAGUGACAUCACCAAAGGCUCGCCCUCGCCAGACUCCUCAGAGUUUGAGAAGAUCCCGUUGCGGUCUGACUCAGUGAGCAGCAGCGAUGGGGGCUGUGGUGGUGUGGGGAAGGGUCAGGGUCGCAACCCCUCAGUGGAGAGGCUGACGGAGCAGAUACAGAAGAUGGAGGAGAGUCAGCACAGCACAGCAGAGGAGCUCCAGGCCACACUACAGGAGCUGGCCGAUCAGCAGCAGGUGGUCCAGGAGCUGACGGCUGAGAACGAGCGCUUGGCCCAGGAGAAGGGCCUCCUACAGACGUCGCUGCAGCAGCAAAGGGAGAGGGUGGAGCUGCUGGCCCAGAAGAACGAGGCCCUGGCCGGGAGGCUGCAGGAAGCAACCCAGGCCCAGAGCGGGGACGAGGACCGGGCAGCCGAGCUGGAGCAGCGCUACACUGACCUGGUGCAGAGCUCUCGAUUCGAGAGGGAAAAGCUGGUGGACAUCCAGCAGCAGCUGACGGGGAGCUUGAGGGCCCUAGAGCAGGAGCACCAGGAGGCCCAGGGGCAGGUGAGGUCCCUCAGAGAAGAGAGGGACGGCCUCCAGUGCCGGGUGGAGACGGAGGAGGAGGCCGGGGGUGAGAUGACACGGGCGGCUGAGGAACACAAGGCAGCAGCGGACGCCCUGAGGGUGAAGAACGGACGGCUCAAAGCCCAGGUGGACAUAGAGAGGCAGAAGGUUGGGGAACUGAAGGCCAUGCAGAGUGCUGCGGACAGCACAGAGCUGCAGAGGCUGCUGAAGGUGGCCCACGCUGAGAGAGACAGACUGGAGGGGGAGGUAACAGGGCUACGGCAGGAGCUGCUACAGGCCCAGACCUACACUGAACACGCCCAGGGACUGCUGUCCAAGGUGGAGGCUGAGUGCCAGCAGGUGGCAGAGCGAGCCGGGAGCCGGGAGGAGGAGCUGAGUGGCCGGGUCAGUGCCCUAGAGAAUGGGGGUCGGCAGGCCGACGGCCAGAUCAAGGACCUGAAGGAGACCAUUUUUGAGCUGGAGGACCAGGUGGAGCAGCAGAGGGCUGUCCACCUCCACACCAACCAGACCAUCCUGGACCUAGAGAACCAGCUCAAGAAGCUGGAGGAGCAGAAGGCUGAAGUGGAGAGGCAGCUGAAGAUCUUGAGUAAGCAGAUGAAGGAUGAGACGGAGGAGUGGCGACGGUUCCAGGCAGACCUCCAGACAGCCGUAGUGGUGGCCAACGACAUCAAGGUGGAGGCCCAGCAGGAGAUCCGCUCUCUGAGGAGGAGGUUACAGGAGGAGCAGGGUCGCAGCGCAAAGCUCUCCUCAGACCUGGAGCAGCUGCAGGGAGUCAGGUUGUUGCGUGGCGACUCUGAGAGUUUGUCGGAAUCAGACGGCAGUCCUCACUGGUGUGGCAUCUCUAUGACCCAGACCACCCAGACACCGCCCACCUCCUUAUCAAUCAACACCAACAGCAAUGCUGCCUCCUCACCCUCGGAGCCCGGAGCCACCGUCAAAUCGCUCAUCAAGUCCUUUGACACAGCAGUACAGAAUGGACCUGGCCCUGGACACACGGUACAGAUACACUCCUCACCUAGAAGCCUUCUAAGUGGGAUCCCUGUCCGCACAGCACCCGCAGCUGCAGUCUCCCCCAUUCAGAGGCAUUUGUCUAUCAAACCACUCUCAAAGACACUGGAGAAAAGGAUCAACCAUGGAGAUUUCUCUCAUCCAGAUAAGUACGGGGGCUCUGGGGAUGAGCUGAAGCCCAGCAGCCUUAUGAGGAAAAGUCCUUCCCUGGAGUCGGUCAUCAAGUCCCCAGCAACCCUCAGCAGCUGCAGCCACUACAUGAGCUACAACAGGAACAACAGCAAGCUCAGUAUGGAAAGAAAGGACCCCUUGGCUGCACUGGCGCGGGAGUACGGGGGUUCUAAGAGGAACGCGCUACUGAAGUGGUGCCAGAUGAAAACAGAAGGCUAUCCGAACAUUGAUGUGACAAACUUCAGCAGCAGCUGGAGUGAUGGCCUUGCAUUCUGUGCUCUCCUCCACACCUACCUGCCUGCACAUAUCCCUUACCAGGAACUCAUCAGUCAAGACAAGGGACGGAAUCUGUCCCUGGCAUUUCAGGCUGCAGAAAGCAUCGGCAUCAAACCCUCCCUGGACAUUGAUGAGUUGAUGCACACGGACAGACCGGACUGGCAGAGUGUAAUGCAGUACGUUUCUCAGAUCUACAAGUACUUUGAGACUUGACCAGAGAAGAGGAGGAGGAGGAAGAAGAAGAGGAAGAAUGGUGGCACAGCAGCACUUUUUGUCCGGUCCAAGUCUCCUUCUCUCAACAUGGAACCCUAGAACACUGUCUCAACCCCCUCAACACUUGCAUCCAUCUCAACACUAAAUGCACGAAGAACCCUCCUGUUCAUUUGAAGUUUGAUCUUGCCUACUGUUACUGUUUUGUACAUAAUGGUACAACUGAUGCUGAAUUCUCUGACUGCAUAUAAGAAGACACGCUGCAAUUAUAUUGGAUUGUUGAAGUCAAAUUAUUAUUUUGAAAUGAUACUUUAAAGGAAGAGUUUGAUUUUACAUGAGAAGCCUAUAUCAAAUAAAAUUGCCUGGUUUCUGAUUAUCCAAAAGAAACCAUUGCCUUUGUUUUUGUUUUGAGACUGACCCAUGUUGCCAUCUAUGAUGUCAUACUAAAAUGAAUUGACAACACUACAUGUAGCUCUGAAUAAUUAGAUUUUACAUUCACUUUUAUGUUAUUAUUAAUACAGAAUGUAUUCGCUGUUUGUAUGCUGUGGGACUGACUGACUGACUCAAUCAAAUCAUUGUAUGAUGUGUCCUUUAGCAAGUGUUGUUUCUAGUUCUUGCACAGCAAUAUGGUUUUGUCUUCAGCAGGCAUCUUUCAGCUGGAGCUAUCAUACUGGGGAUGGUCGAAUGAACAAGAACUGCAAAAUGUAUUCAAAAAUGUACCAUGAAGGACACUUUAUACUAUCUGGAAUCAAUCAAACAACCUUGAAUUUGCAGCUUCAGUUAUGGUUUGUCUCUUAUAAAGAAGGAAGUGCUGUAUCGUGUUUAUUUAUUUACAUAUGUGCUGGGAAAUGUGAGAAUGAUGCAGGAAAUGUAUGUGAGCAUUUUUUAUUUACUGAGAUUUCAGAGAUUUACUCAGAGGUGGAUAUUGUUAAAUAAAGUAUUUUGUCAAUCAGCA